GUAUAGCAUAUGGCGUAUGAAUGGGUAUCAAUUAGUAGUCCAGCCGGGUAAACAAAAGUCAAACUGACACUUCACCAGAGGGCAUCUCUUUCUUUUUCCGCUUCCGCUUAGAAGAAAACAGCCACAAUGAAGGCGAAAGGACAGUUGAAGGAAUAUGAAAUUAUUGGGCGAAAACUGCCCUCGGAGCAGGAGCCCAACACUCCACUGUACAAGAUGCGCAUCUUUGCCCCGGAUUACAUCAUGGCCAAGUCCCGUUUCUGGUAUUUCUUGAGGCAACUGAAGAAAUUCAAGAAGACAACUGGUGAGAUUGUAUCUCUCAAGGAAAUCUCCGAGAAGACUCCCAUGAAGAUCAAGAACUUCGGAAUUUGGCUGCGGUAUGACUCUCGUUCAGGGACUCACAACAUGUACCGUGAGUACCGUGAUCUGUCCGUCGGUGGUGCCGUUACACAGUGCUACAGAGACAUGGGGGCUCGUCAUCGUGCCCGAGCUCACUCCAUUCAGAUCAUUAAAGUGGAAUCUGUGAAGUCCGCCAAUUGCAGAAGGUCGCACAUCAAACAAUUCCACGACUCCAAGAUCAAGUUCCCACUGGUCAAGAGGGUUCACCACAAGAAUUCCCGGCCACUGUUCUCCUACCGCAAGCCCAAGACGUAUUUCAUGUAAAGGAACUUGAGUUUUAUGGUUGGAAUAAAAUUAACCGUAUCCUCAGGUACGGAAAUUCA